AUGGGUGCCGUGGCUACUCUUUGUCCGUUACCGACAGCCAUAACACACUUUGCGACGAAGCUGUGUCAGUUCCUCAUACCGAUGGGUAUGGUGGCUACUCUUUAUCCGUUACCGACAAGCCAUAACACACUUUGCGACGGCUGUGUACCCACCUCAUACCGAUGGUAUGGUGGCUACUCUUUGUCCGUUACCGACAGCCACCACACUUUGCGACAGAAGCUGUGUCGGUACCUCGCCAUACCGAUGGGUAUAGUGGCUACUCUUUAUCCCGUUACCGACAGCCACUUAACACACUUUGGGACGGCAGUCAGUUCCUCGUGUCGGUUCUACUCUUUAUCCGUUACCGACAGGUAUAGCUGUCAGUACCUCCCAUACCGAUGGUGCUGUCCCGUUUAUCCGUUACCGACCACCAACACUUUGCGACAGAAGCUGUCGGUACCUCAUACCGAUGGGUAUAGUGGCUACUCUUUAUCCGUUACAGACGUACAUAACACACUUUGCGACAGUGUCGUGUCAUACCGAUGGGUUCCUCAUUAUCCCGUUACCGACAGCCGCGCACUAUUCAGUUCCUCAUACCGUGGGUAUGGUGGCUCUUUAUCCGUUACCGACAGCCGCAACGCACUUUGCGACCAGAAGCUGUCAGUUCCUCAUACCGAUGGGUAUAGUGGCUACUCUUUAUCCCGUUACCGACAGCCAUAA